AUGGACGUAGAACAAUAAUACGAUUUAUUUGUAAUAGGAGGAGGCUCUGGAGGUCUUGCUUGUGCCAAAUAAGCAGCAAAAUUAGGUGUUAAAGUUGCUUUGGCUGAUUUUGUUAAACCAUCACCUUUAGGAACUAAAUGGGGAUUGGGAGGAACAUGUGUAAAUGUAGGUUGCAUUCCAAAAAAACUAAUGCAUUUUGCAGCUACUUUAGGAGAAUUAAGACAUGAUUAAGUAGAAGCAGGGUAUUUUUAAUUUUAAGAAUUUUUAGAUGGAUUGAUACAUAAAUUGAUUCAAAGCAUAAUUGGGAAAAAAUGGUUGAAAAUGUGAAUAACCAUAUACGUAAAUUGAAUUUUGGUUAUAAAAAUCAAUUAUUAAGAUAAGAUGUGAAGUAUUACAAUAAAUUCGCAGAACUCAUUGAUGCAAAUACAAUAAAAGUAAAGUAAUAAUAUAUAUUCAAAGUUAACAGAUAAUAAAGGAUAAAUUGAAACAGUUAGAGCUAAAAAUAUAUUAAUAGCUGUUGGAGGUAGACCAUCAUACCCAGAUAAUAUUCCAAAUAUUUAAAAUCUUGUGAUAACAUCUGAUGAUUUAUUUUGGUUAUAGGAGAAUCCUGGUAAAACAUUAGUUGUAGGUGCUUCUUAUGUUGCAUUAGAAUGUGGAGGAUUUUUAAAUGGAAUAGGAAAUGAAGUGACAAUUAUGGUGAGGAGUAUUCUAUUAAGAGGAUUUGAUUAAGAGAUGGCAGUAAAGAUUGGAUAUUAUAUGGAAGAAAAAGGAAUUAGAUUUAUUAGAGGUUGUGUUCCAGACAUGAUUGAAGCAACAGAAGAUAAUAAAAGAAAAGUAACUUGGAUAAUUAAUGGAAAUAAAUAAGAAGAAAUAUUUGAUACAGUUUUAGUUGCAACAGGUAGAGUAAGUGAUACCUAAAAAUUAAAUCUUGAAAAAGUUGGAGUAAACAUGAAUAAAAAUGGAAAAAUAAUAUGUUCAGCAGAUGAUAAAACUUCUAUACCUAAUAUUUUUGCUAUUGGUGAUUGUGUAGAAGGUAGACCUGAAUUAACUCCUACAGCUAUUAAAUGUGGAUAAUUAUUAGCUAAUAGAUUAUUUAACAAGGCAACUGAAUUAAUGUCAUAUGAAUUUAUUGCUACAACUGUAUUUACUCCUUUAGAAUAUGGAUGUAUUGGAUUUAGUGAAGAAGAUGCAAUCAAAAAAUUUGGAUAUGAUAAAAUUAUUGUUUAUCAUUCAAUAUUUAAACCAUUAGAAUGGAAUUACUUUGAAAUGCAUUCAGGUGAAAGUUGUUUUGCAAAAUUGAUAGUUUUAAAUGAUAAUCGUAGGGUUAUUGGAUUUCAUUAUCUUGGACCUCAUGCUGGAGAAGUUACUUAAGGAUAUGCAGUUGCUAUGAAAAUGGGAGUGACUAAGGAAUAAUUUGAUUCUACAGUAGGUAUUCAUCCAACUUGUUCUGAAGUAUAAAUUUAUUAUAAUUUAAGGAACUUGUAUAAGUGACAGCAGUUAAAGGAAUAGAUGAUGCUUAAAAAGAAGGUUGCUGAGGUU